UUGGUAGCACAACAGGCCGAAAUCGUCAUCUAUGUUGAGCUCAUUUUGUUUACCCGGUUAACGUGCCGAAAAAACACGUAUGAACUCCAUCCUAUCGCUAAGUAGGUUUAUAAAUCGGCAUAAAGUGCUCGCCGAUAUCAGUAUCACUGCUAGUAAAGCUCUGCACGCAAACACGCAUCGAAGAAGUAUGGAACUGAAAAGGGACGAGAUUCUACUGUUGUUCGACGUGGAUGGGACCCUGACGCGGCCACGGGUAGCAAUUGACGACGAUUUCAAACAGUUUUUGUACAAGGAGGUUCAGCCCAAGGCAACGAUCGGACUAGUGGGAGGUUCCGAUUUGGAGAAAAUGUACGAACAGUUGAACGGGCGGGAGAUCAUGGAAAAGUUUGAUUACGUCUACCCGGAGAAUGGUUUGGUGCAAUAUGCGAAAGGAGUGGAAGUGGGACGAGUGUCUGUAGCGCUGCAUUUAGGUGAAGAUGUUUUGAAAAAGUUCAUUAAUUUUGUGUUGAAAUAUUUCUCGGAGUUAGAUAUACCGAUCAAAAGAGGAACUUUUAUCGAAUUUCGAUCUGGAAUGUUGAACGUUAGUCCUAUUGGAAGGAACUGUUCCGCAAAGGAACGACAGGAAUUCUUCGAGUAUGAUCAAAAGCAUCAAAUCAGACAGCAAAUGAUUGACGUUCUGAAAAAAGAAUUCAGUGAAGUGGACUUGACCUACAGCAUCGGCGGACAAAUCAGCUUCGAUGUGUAUCCAAACGGAUGGGAUAAAACUUAUUGCUUGAGGCAUGCCACUAAAGGAACCAAUUUUAAAGAAAUUCACUUUUUCGGAGAUAAGACUGAUCCAGGUGGUAAUGAUCACGAGAUCUACAGCGACCCUAGAACAAUUGGACACAAAGUUACCUCACCUGAAGAUACUAAACGCCAAUUGAAGGAACUUCUUAAAGUUUAAUAUAGCUAAGAACUGCCAAAUGUAAGAUACUUUGUUUUUUUAUUUAAAAUCAACGAUUCAGCUUUAAGCCAUUAUACAUUUGACUGGGGAAAAAUAAAUGCACUUUCAUAUCACAA